AUGAGCUCCGACGUCGCCGACAUGUUGUCGCCGGCUACGAGGGAAAUACUGGGUAAGGUACGGCAGAUCGUGCCGCCUAUGCUGGAGAAGUUUCAUAAAGGUCAAUUGGGCCGCGUGGCUGUUAUCGGAGGCAGCGAGGACUACACUGGCGCCCCGUACUUCUCGGCGAUGGCGAGCGCGCGGCUGGGCUGCGAUAUGUCCCACGUAAUCUGCACCCCCGCCGCCGCCGCGGUCAUCAAGACCUACAGCCCGAACCUCAUGGUGCACCCACUAAUGCGGCAAUCGCCCUCGCCGCACCACCAACAUUCCUCACCUAAUUCCCCAUACGACUCCGACCCCGUGCAUAUAUCCGGGAAGAUCAUUGAUUUACUCCCUCGUCUGCACGUCCUUGUCGUCGGACCGGGCCUCGGUCGCGAUCCGCUGAUGCAGGAGACCUGCGCACGGGUUCUGGCCGCGGCGCGCGAGCGGAAGAUGCCUGUGGUUCUGGACGCGGAUGCGCUGGCGCUGGUGACGAAGGCGCCGGAGCUGGUGCAUGGGUGGCGGGAGGUCGUGCUCACGCCGAACGUAGUCGAGUUUGCGCGGCUGUGGAAGGGGGUUAAGGGCUCAGGAGACGACGGUUCCGAGGGCUCGGACCCCUCGCAUAAAGUGCAGGCUUUGUCGCGGGCGUUGGGCGGGGUGACGAUUGUGCAGAAGGGCGGGAGGGAUCUGGUAUCGAAUGGGGAGGUGACGAUGACGGUGGAUGUGGAGGGUGGGCUGAAGAGGAGCGGCGGACAGGGCGAUACCCUGACGGGGAGUAUUGCGACGAUGUUGGCGUGGCGGAAGGCUUACCUGGAUGAGAUCUGGGACCACGACGGGAAGCUCGGGGAGGAGGAGACGCUGGGGUUGGCGGCGUUUGGGGGUGCGGCUAUUACGAGGGAGUGUUCGCGCCUCGCGUUUGAGAAGAGGGGGAGGAGUUUGCAGGCUAGUGAUCUUACGGACGAGGUCUAUACCGCGUUUUUGAACUUGAUAGGCGAAGUUACUGGGAAGCAAGGGUGA